UUAGCUCUGACGUUCCGUGGUGAGCCCUGCACGAGGCUCAAAACAACAUGGGUGACGUCACGACGAGUCAGCCGCCAGAGGAGCGAGUAUAUGGACGAGAAGAGUCGGACACCAUGGAUUUGAGUCAGCAGGUGGAGAGGUUGAUUUUGUGAUAUGUCUCUGUGGUUGGUUGGAACGUCUGGCGGGGAGUGGUCAAAUGUCCUGAAUGAAAAUGAAGCUCACCGGUGGGCCUCUUCUGCUCCUGGUCCUGCUCACUGUCACAGGGCUGAAUCGAGCCCAGGUGAAGACCUCUCUCCUGGAUUUGACCAACAGCAUAAGGAGCAUCCUUCCCAAUCUCAGCCGACCAGCAAACCACAGCCGCAUCUUCUAUGCAGUGAUGUUUGAUGCAGGGAGCACAGGGACACGCAUUCAUGUCUACACCUUCAUCCAGAGUGACUCGGUGGAGCUGCCGGUUUUGGACAAUGAGAUGUUCCAUUCCAUAAAACCUGGUUUGUCAUCAUAUGCCGACUCCCCUGAAAUGGCUGGACACACAGUGAGGAUGUUGCUGAAGGUGGCCAAGAAGACUGUGCCUCGUCUGGAGUGGAAGAGGACUCCAGUGGUCCUCAGAGCCACUGCUGGACUUCGGCUGCUGGAUGCAAAGAAAGCUCAGGCUCUUUUGGACCAGGUUCAACAUGUGUUUGAUGAAUCUCCUUUUUUGGUCCCAGACAACAGCGUCAGCAUAAUGAACGGCACAAAUGAAGGAAUCCUGGCUUGGAUAUCUGUGAACUUUCUAACAGGUCACCUGAAAGCGCAGACCAAGAAGACAGUGGGAAUCUUGGAUCUGGGAGGCGGAUCCACUCAGAUUACUUUCCUGCCAAAAUUGAGGAAAACCAUUGAAAGCAUACCUGUAGCUGAUUACGUUGCCAGAUUUGACAUCUUCAACACAACCUUUGAAUUGUACACUCACAGUUACCUUGGAAAUGGAUUGAUGGCAGCGCGACUAGCCACACUGGGCGCAUUGGGUGCACAAGGGCUGGAGUGGCGAGUGUUUAAAAGUUCCUGUCUGCCAAAGAAGUUCAGGGAUGAAUGGAGCUUUGGAGGCCUGACCUAUCAAGUGAGCGGGGACCCAGAUGGUUAUGCAGGGUACAAGCUUUGUUAUCAGGAAGUACUUAAGGUGGUGAAGGGGAUUAUUCAUCAGCCGCAUGAGCUCGAAGACAGCAACGUUUUCUAUGCAUUCUCCUAUUAUUUUGACAGAGCAGUGGAUGCAGGCCUUAUCGAUGGGGUACAAGGAGGGAUGCUGCAGGUCAGAGACUUCAAGAAGAGAGCUAAAGAGGUGUGCAAUAAGAUGACCAAGUACCCUCCUAUCAGUUCUUUCCUGUGUAUGGACCUGACCUACAUCACUUGUCUGCUCAAGGAUGGGUUCGGCUUCAAGGAAAACACCAUGCUGCAGUUGACGAAGAAAGUGAACAACGUGGAGUCAAGCUGGGCUUUGGGCGCCACGUUGGACCACUUCCACAACCUGAAGAUCCACUGAGAAGGGAGGAACACAACACUGCUGAUCCACGUGGUGCUCAAUAACAAACAGGACUAAUUUCACCAACUUAUCUAAUAUCCUUAGACAUCUGCUGUUUGUUUCAUACGGACAGAACUAACCUUAGUUUUAAAAUGCAGUUCUUCUGAAGCUUGAAAAUAUUGAACUGUAUGAGUAAUGUGUGCCUUACUCACAAAACAAGCAAAACACUGGAGGUUGACAUUUGAGUGAAAGAUGUUACCAAUAACACACGGAGUUAAUGCAGCUUUGGGCAUCAUUGGGUGAACACUUUGAGAGAGGUUUUACUGUGUUUUACUCAGGCUCAUACAAAUGGUAGCUUGGCUUGUUAGACUGAUUAUGCUGUGCAAGACCAGUGUUUACAUGCAGCAAUGAGAUAUACUGUGCUUUAGCAGUUUUAAUGUUAAGUAUUUUGAUAUUAGUAAUAAGGAUAUUGGGGUACUACAUGUGUCUGGUAUAUUUUAAUUGCACAGUAAAUCUUAUCAGCUAUUGGAAAAUUUAAAAAAUAAGUGUGACUCAUGUUUCUGUUACUGUUAGAGAAUACAGUUGCUGCAUUUCAACCUCAGACCUCUAUUUACAAUGAUACUGCACAUAACAAUGCAUGGUCAUUAUAUUUUCUUAAACCUUUAAA